CUCACCCAUGUAACACUUAGGUCGCUUGCGGGUUGUGAUCAGAACAGGAAACCAUAUCCGUAAUGAUCGGAACAGGAAACGAUAUCAGGUCGGAAUCCUCCCCGAACUCGGAAACCCUAGUGAUGUCUACAUAUACAGUAACGAAGUCCGCUCGCUCUCUUGCGGACGUCUCUCCGAACUCAUAGAGAGCAGCAUCGAGCCACCAUGCUUCCCCCGGGCUUCACCUUCCAACCCAGCGACCAAGAGCUUGUCGUGUACCUCUGCGAGUGGAUCCACCACAUGCCUCUCUCCUGCAACGCCGUCGAGGAAGCCGACGUCUACUCCCAGGAGCCGGAGGCGCUCCUCCGCGGCCGGGAGAGGGCCUACUUCUUCACCACCCUCAGGACCUCCAGCUCCGGCUUGCGGGUGCAACGCCAGGCCGGAAACGGAACCUGGAUGCUCAACACCAGCAAGACAGGCACGCCCGUCAACGUCGUCUGCGACAACGGAGAUGAGGUCACCGUGGGGCACAAACGCAACCUGUCCUUUUACCUCGGCAAAGUCAAGAAGUGCACCGGAUUCGUCAUGGACGAGUACUUACUCUUUGCUCCACCCUAUGAUAACAACGGCACAAAGGAUCAGAAGGUGCUGUGCGUGAUCAGGCAGAGCCCGCAAGCCAUCAAUAAUGCAGCAAAAAGAAAAAGAGAAGCGUCGUCGCUUUCAGAAAUCUCCUAAGCAGAUGCUCGAACCGAUUUUUCUCAUUUUAUUAACAGCAUGUAAUGUAGAUAAUAA